UCCUCAGUAGCCAAUAGAAAAGAGAAAUAGCGAAGCGCUUCCUGAAGCCUGGGGUCAACUAAAGAUGGCGGCCGCCGCAAGGGGUUGGUGCGACUUACUCAGGUUUUUUUAUUCAUUACUCUUCCCUGGACUAAUCGUAUGUGGAACUUUAUGCUUGUGUCUGAUCUUUGCACUUUGGAGAGUCAGAGUCGCGCUACAGAGAAAGAAAGCCUCAGCACCAACUGGCCAAAAAGUGGUGGUCGCCUUCUUCCAUCCGUACUGCAACGCCGGCGGAGGCGGGGAGCGAGUCCUGUGGUGCGCGCUAAGGGCCCUGCAGAAAAAGUACCCCGCAGCUGUGUAUGUCGUUUACACCGGCGAUGUGGGUGUCAGCGGUGAGCAGAUCCUGGAGGGCGCCUCCAGAAGGUUCAACAUCAGACUGCGCCUCCCGGUGACGUUCGUCUUCCUGAGGCGACGCCACCUCGUGGAAGACUCCCUGUACCCCCACUUCACGCUGCUGCUCCAGAGCCUGGGGUCCCUGCUGCUGGGCUGGGAGGCGCUGUCGCGGUGCGUCCCCGACGUGUACAUCGACUCCAUGGGCUACGCUUUCACGCUGCCCCUGUUCAAGUACGUGGGCGGCUGCCGCGUGGGCAGCUACGUGCACUACCCCACCAUCAGCACGGACAUGCUGUCCGCGGUGAGGAGCCGCAGCGCGGGGUUCAACAACGCGGCCUGCAUCGCCAGGAACCCCGUGCUGAGCGCGGCGAAGCUCCUCUACUACCACUUCUUCGCCUUCCUGUACGGGCUCGUGGGGUCCUGCAGCGACGUGGUCAUGGUCAACUCCUCCUGGACGCGGAAGCACAUCCUCUCGCUGUGGAAGGUCGGGCACUGCACCGACACCGUUUACCCGCCCUGCGACGUGCGGGCGUUCCUGGACAUCCCCUUGCAGGGGAAGAGGACGGCCCCGGGGCAUCUGCUGGUGUCCGUGGGCCAGUUCAGGCCCGAAAAGAACCACGCUUUGCAGAUCAGAGCCUUUGCCAAAUUGCUGGGCAGGAAGAAGGCCGAGGCCCUCCCCUCCCUCAAGCUCGUCCUCAUCGGAGGCUGCCGCAACCAGGACGAUGAGCUCAGGGUGACCCAGCUGAGAAGGCUUUGCGAGGAGCUGGGCGUUCAGGAGGAGGUGGAAUUUAAAAUAAACAUUCCGUUUGAGGAGCUGAAGAGCUACCUGGCCGAAGGAACCAUCGGUCUGCACACCAUGUGGAACGAGCAUUUUGGGAUUGGCAUCGUGGAGUGCAUGGCGGCCGGCACCAUCGUCCUGGCGCACAACUCGGGGGGCCCGAAGCUGGACAUCGUCGUCCCUCACGGGGGCGCAGUCACGGGCUUCCUGGCGGAGGGCGAGGACGACUACGCGGAGACCAUGGCGCACAUCCUGUCCCUGCCUGCGGAGGAGAGGCUCCGCAUCCGGGGCAGCGCCCGCGCCUCCGUGGGCCGGUUCUCCGACCAGGAGUUCGACGUGGCGUUCCUGGCGUGCGUGGAGAAGCUGUUUGAGUAACGCCACGUCACGUCUGUGCAAGCUGGAUACGUCAUGUAAUGUGUCAGUGCUUAUUUCUAAGUUCAUUCCGUCUCGAGGUAAAGUCGGCCUGGGCAUACUGCCCUUGAGACACAUAGGCAACAAGGUAUUUAUUUCAAGGACAAAAAGCAAAAUUACCCAAAUGGAAAAGGUAACCUCGUAUGUUUAAGUGUAAAAAUUUUAGGUCCGUGCUUAGU